AGAGAAUUGUGCAUUGAGAGCCAGUCUCAGCCUCUAUUGUGGUAAGCAGGCAAGGGAAGGCGUUUAAGCAGCGGACUUUAAACCCACAGGCGCAACACUGGUCACUACUGUAGAGACCCCUGAAAUCAGAGUACAAGGCAAUAUGGAGGAGGACAUGGAUGAGGGACAGACUCAGAAGGGAUGUAUGGAGUGUUGUCUGAAAUGUUUAGGAGGAAUCCCUUACCCAUCCCUGAUUGCCACCAUCCUGCUGUAUGCUGGAGUGGCGCUCUUCUGUGGAUGUGGACAUGAAGCUCUUUCUGGAACGGUCACCAUCCUCCAGAACUACUUUGAGGUGAUCAGGGGACCUGGAGAUGGUCUGGAUGUGUUUACAAUUAUUGACAUUAUCAAGUAUGUGAUCUAUGGCAUUGCCUCUGCAUUCUUCGUAUAUGGCAUUCUUCUGAUGGUCGAAGGCUUCUUUACCAGUGGGGCCAUCAAGGACCUGUAUGGAGACUUCAAGAUCACCAACUGUGGGCGCUGUGUCAGUGCAUGGUUCAUCAUGUUGACAUACAUCUUCAUGUUGGCUUGGCUGGGUGUGACAGCAUUCACCUCUUUGCCUGUCUUCAUGUACUUCAACAUCUGGACCAUUUGCCAAAACAUGACCAUUCUGGAGGGAGCAAGUUUAUGUCUUGACCCGCGCCAGUUUGGUGUUGUGCCCAUUGGAGAGGAGAAGACUGUAUGUGCAGGAUCAGAGAAGUUCUACAAAAUGUGUGAAUCGAAUGAGCUGGAUAUGACUUUCCAUUUGUUUGUGUGUGCGUUGGCUGGGGCUGGAGCAGCAGUCAUUGCCAUGAUCCACUACCUGAUGGUGCUGUCUGCCAACUGGGCCUAUGUAAAGGAUGCAUGUAAAAUGCAGAAAUACGAGGACUGCAAGUCCAAGGAGGAGCAGGAGCUGCAUGACAUCCACUCUACACGCUCCAAGGAACGGCUCAAUGCUUACACAUAAGACAGGAAGCAGCAGUGAGGGCGAGUGGACCAACCCCAUGGCCAACCCAUUACCUCUCGCACAAACAUUAUUAUUAUUAUUAUUAUUAUUAGUGCUAUCAGUAGUGUUGUCGUUUUUUUCACAUUAUUGUCAUUUUUUAAGAGAUUGUGCUGGUUCUUUUUUUUCCCCCACCACAUAUUACGAUUUUUGAAUAUAUUUCUCUUUUUAAACACCUUUUAGUAUCAGUACAUGAAUCAUUCUUAUGUAGAAGGAUGGUUAUUGGGGUGAAAAAAGCACAUUUUUUCAUGUGUGUCUGUCUCUUAAGGUCUCAAUUUCAAGGACUUAAAGCAUGAAAAACAUUUUGGGAAAAAAUUAUUUCUGUCUCUCUUUUUUCUCUCUCUCUCCCUCUCUUUCUGUCCUUCUUUUUUUUAAUCAUCAGAAGGUAUGAAGCCCAAGACCAGCAGAUGGCUUGUUCAUUCUGCAUUAUUUUGGUAAAAGAAAACUCAAAAACUGAGACAGAAAAGACAAAAAAACAAAAUUAAGAUAUAACAGAUGUACCAUAAAGUGUUUAUGUAUUAUUUUUCUACAGAUGUCAUUGCAUAGCUUAUCAAGAUGAUUACAAAAAGACAAAAUGGUUAUUAUUUGCUUGCUGUGGCAGUCCAGUUUUCAGACCGCAUCAUGAAAGUAGGUGGCGUUGUAACUUCUCUGAGAAGGAGAGGAACUUUCUGACCACUUUUAAGUGGACAUGAAGCAUUUAAAUCCUACUACAGUGUCAACGACCCCCUCUUCAGCAACAAUGCAUCUCUCCCUUUACUGGAAGCAAGCGACACAUGCACAAGCCUACAGCGUUAUGGCCCCUCUUUUUUAUUUUCCUACACAAAUAGAUAUAGACACAGUUAAGCUGACAGGGUUUUUAUUUGGCGUUUUUGAUUUUUAGCUUUUGUACAUAGUCAUUCUGUAAAUGUAUGUACUGUACGUUAGCACUUAAACUUCAGGUGAAUUUGUAUUAGAUUGAAAAACACAUUCCAUGACUGGAUAGGGUGGGUGGGCGGAGGGAGGGUGUUCUUCUAAAAACCCAAGAAAAAAGAUGGAGAAGAAAAAUCCAGGCGACGCAGUAAUGUUUUGUGACAGAUCACUUUCUUUCGGUGGGUUUUUUUCUUUCCAAAGGGGAAUAUCACAAUGAAAACAAAUAUUUAAAGAGCUUAUACUAUUAUCUUGAUGACAGUUACUCGUUGUCUUGCUAACAAGUCAUUAUUAUAUUGGACGAGGGAAAUGUCUUCUAAUUUUUUUAAUGCCUGGCAAGUCAUGUUCUGUCAGUGUUUCUAAGAGCUAGUUUCGUGCACUUAUUUGACCAUUUUGUGAGCUCUUUCUUGGUGUAAGUGCAUUGGGGUUCCGGCUGCAAAGUCACACCCCUGUAAUGUUAGGUAAAGACUGUGAACGUAAGUGUUAUUUGUGGCAUGGUCAUGCAUUCAAUGGAAAUCAUUUUUACUGGAUCAAAAAAAAAAAAGGAUGAUAAUAAUAAUAAUGGAAAAAAUCAAAAA